AUGAUUUUGCAUUUCCGGGGAGGAGACCUGUAUGUAAACAAUACAGUUCUCCCUGUCAGCUCGUGCACACUGCUUUGCAUGGCUGUGCACAGCAAAGCCAUGCAAAGCAGUGUGAUUACAGUGAAGCACACAGACACAAGUAAAACAGCACACAGUUAACCCUUUGAUCGUCCCUCAUGUUAACCCCUUCCUGCCCACUGCCCUUAGUACACUGUCAGUGCUUUUUUUUAGCACCGAUCACUGUAUUGGUGUCACUGGGGAUGUCAGUGACACCAAGUCAGUUCCCCCCAGUGUUAGAAUUCAUGCCGCAGUCCUGCUAUAA